GCUUUCGUUAAUUCGUUCACUGGAAGGGUGGGCGGCACUAAUUUCCGUUCACAGCCAAUCGGAGCUCAUAGCUAAGCGGCCAUUCGCCUUAGCGGAGCCAAUCAGCAGAGCCGGCGGGCGGGGACUGGACAGAUGCGGCCUGUCUAGGCUCUGAGAGAUGGUGGACGGCGGAAGUCCGAGACUUGGAACGGGAGAUCAGGGAAUCGAAUUUAGUGGAUGAGGCGCCAGCUCGGGAGAAGCUGAAAAUACCAGUCCGGCUCUGUAUUCAUCAUGGGACCAGAAACAACACCAUCUCAGAAUUCAGGCUGUAAGAUCAUGACAUUUAGACCCACAUGGGAAGAGUUUCAGGAUUUUGGCAAAUACAUUGCUUACAUAGAAACUCAGGGAGCACACAGAGCUGGUCUUGCUAAGAUUAUCCCCCCCAAAGAGUGGCGUCCUAGGCGGACCUAUGAUGACUUGGAUGAAAUGGUGAUUCCUGCUCCAAUUCAGCAAGUGGUGACUGGUCAGUCUGGCUUGUUCACUCAGUAUAACAUCCAAAAGAAACCCAUGACUGUGGGAGAAUAUCGAAAAUUGGCAAACAGUGACAAGUACUGCACUCCUCGCCAUCAAGACUUCGAUGAUUUGGAGCGCAAAUACUGGAAGAAUUUGACCUUCAUGUCUCCUAUAUAUGGAGCGGACAUCAGUGGGUCCCUCUAUGACAGUGAUAUCCAACUAUGGAACAUUGCUGGCUUGAAGACGCUUCUAGAUAUGGUGGAGUAUGAGAGUGGAAUCAUCAUAGAAGGUGUUAAUACCCCAUAUCUCUAUUUCGGAAUGUGGAAGACGACUUUUGCUUGGCAUACAGAGGACAUGGAUCUGUACAGCAUUAACUAUCUGCACUUUGGAGAACCAAAGUCCUGGUAUGCAAUUCCCCCUGAACAUGGAAAAAGGCUGGAACGUUUAGCAAAAGGAUUUUUCCCAGGCAGUUCUCAAGGAUGUGAUGCUUUUCUUAGGCAUAAAAUGACUCUAAUUUCUCCAUCCAUUUUAAAGAAGUAUGGAAUUCCAUUUGAUCGAAUUACACAGGAAGCAGGAGAGUUUAUGAUAACUUUUCCGUAUGGGUACCAUGCAGGAUUUAAUCAUGGUUUCAACUGUGCUGAGUCAACCAAUUUUGCAACAUUACGCUGGCUUGAUUAUGGAAAAAUGGCUACUCAGUGCACAUGUCGGAAAGACAUGGUAAAGAUCUCUAUGGAUGUAUUUGUGAAAGUCCUUCAACCUGACCGCUAUGAAGUGUGGAAGCAAGGGAAGGAUGUAACUAUUCUUGACCAUUUGAAACCAACUGAAAUUAGCAGUCCUGAGUUGGAGGCUUGGUUGGAGAGAAAAGCUCUAGGGAAAGUGGGCCGCAGGACAUACAAAAAACGUAGCCAGCCCCGCAGACAGAAGGUGCAAGAUCAGAAACUACUAAAAGAAGUAUUUGGAUCUGAUGUCCUUUCAGACGAUAAAAUGGAUGAUGGCAAGAAGUGUGAGGAUGACAGCAAUAAAAUGUGUUGUGAAGAUGUUUUAGGGAACCCGUUGGCAACGUUUCCAUGUUUUUUGAAACCCAAAAAUGCAAAAUGUGGCAGGAAACAGAAGGCCCAGGUUGACCUGUCAGGAGAGGGGGAAUUUAAGCCUCGGCGUGUAGUUCCUAAGCUCUAUGUUGUCCCUGAGUCAAAGAAAAUUGUAUUUGACAAGACACGGAUGUCCUGCCAAGAAGCAUUUGAACACUUUGCCACAGAAUUUGACAGAAAAGAAGUUGAGGAUCCUAGUGGGAUUCCCAAAAAAGUAGGAGUGCCUAAGGCACUCUUCCCAGAAAUGAAAAUUAAGAAGAGCAGACGCCAUCCACUGGGUAGACCACCACACCGCUCUCCCUUAUCUGUAGUCAAGCAGGAUGUGUCCAGUGAUGAUGAUUCUAUUCCAUUCUCUGGUGAGGAUGAAGCUGGUGACUCUGAAACGCUCCCUAACCUUUUGUCACACUUAUGGAAGAACAAGCCACCAAACUUUCUCGCGGAGAGGAAAUUCAAUGCUGUAGCUGCCCUGGUAGAGCCAUACUGUGCCGUGUGUUCCCUUUUUUAUCCUUGCCAACAGGAUAUUUCUCAGCUGUCUGAGUCAGUCGGUCCUAAACGAGGACAGAAAACAAAGCCUAUUAUACCAGAGAUGUGUUUUACACCCAGUGAGAGCAACAUGGAUCCAAUGCCAGUGAGCACAUACAUUGGAGAAGAUGGUUCUAGUCCAUUGCUGUCAUGUGUGAAGUGCUGUGUGCAAGUCCAUGCCAGCUGUUAUGGAAUUCAUCCAGAUUUAGUAAAGGAGAAUUGGAUCUGCUCACGUUGCUCAGCUUGUGCUUGGAAUGCUGAUUGCAGUUUAUGUAAUCUUCGAGGAGGCGCUCUAAAAUCUAUCACAGACGGAAGAUGGGUGCACAUUGUCUGCGCUAUUGCAGUUCCGGAAGCUCGCUUUGUAAAUGUGAUUGAACGCCACCCAGUGGAUAUCAGUACAAUUCCAGAACAGAGGUGGAGACUGAGAUGUGUAUAUUGCCGGAAGAAAAUCCGAAAAGAGGUUGCAGCUUGUGUCCAAUGUUCUGUUGAUCGAUGUUCCACCUCCUUCCAUGUCACAUGUGCACAUGCAGCUGGCAUAUCUAUGGAGCCUGAUGACUGGCCUUAUGUUGUGUCAAUUACAUGCUUCAAGCACAAGGCAAACAGUCAAUCUAGUACAGCUUCCAAGGAUGUCAUUGUAGGUCAAACUGUGAUUGGCCGGAAUCGGAACGGUUUGUAUUAUCGCUGCCAGGUGAUUGGAUCUGCUACUCAUGUUUUCUAUGAAGUUAACUUUGAUGAUGGCUCAUACAGUGACAAUGUCUAUCCUGAAAAUAUCAUGAGCAGAGAUUGUAUACAAAAUGGGCCACCAGCAGAAGGCGAGGUUGUAGAUCUUAGGUGGAUAGAUGGAAACAUUUACAAAGCUAAAUUUAUUUCAUCUAAAGUGAGCCUCAUUUAUCAGGUGGAGUUUGAAGAUGCAUCCCAGUUAAUGGUAAAACGCAGUGAGAUCUUCACAUUGGAAGAGUCUCUUCCAAAAAGAGUGAAAUGUCGCUUGUCUGUCAGUACUGGAGCUGCUUUGGACGACACAGAGGACCUGCAAAUGAACAAGCGUCCAAGGGUCACAAGUCCAACGAAUGAAGAGCCUGAUAAUCAAACUUUAUUUGACUUGAACGAGACUAGUGUAGGCAAUCUUACCCAGCCUGCUGGCUUUUAGGGACCUUGCCACCCAUAUACUGUGAACAUUAUGUUGACAAUAUGCUUUCUAUAUUUCAAACUCAAGAAUGGAUUCGGGCACCUCUCAGGCAUUUACAGAUCAGAGAUGUCAGAAGAAUUCUGCACAGCAGUGUAAUGGGCCAAAUACUGCUGCCAUAAACAUAAGCUGAGGACAUGAAUUCUCUCGGUGCUAUGGUGAAACUGCAUUGCGAUCUUCUCUCUCUAUUUUUCAACCUUUUCAAGAAACAUUUCAGAAUAGCUUUAAAGUAACAAGAAGAGAGAAAUGAAAUCUGAUUUUAUUUAAUAUCUUGGUAAAAACAACAACUUUGAAAUACAUUUGAAUACCUUUUUAAGUCAUGGUUCAUCUGAUUGUGAUACCUGGGAACUGAUAUGAAACAGUGUUGUCAUGAAUUGUUUACUACCACAUUUUAGAAGAAAUAGUUUUUUCUAUUCCUCCCAAAUUACUACACGUAUUAAAAAGGCCUGGUGUUUGGAGGAUUUAAGUCUGCAUAUGCAAGCAAUGUCCUUGUGUAAUCAUGCAUGGUUUUUUUUCCUUUCCUGAGUCACAUGGUGUUGGGAUUCAUGGACAGUGCUUCUGAGAACCUUAAUGUAUAUUGUAAAGUGUAAUGCUCAGGAGCUUCGCAGUCUACUGCAUGUCCUCAUGUUUUAUUAGUUAGGGAUACAUGCAUUUUCUUUGUGUCAUUGUGUUUUAUUUUGUGCACUAAUCAUAAUUGUUUCUUGACAAAUGUGCUGUAUUAUCAUGCCCUCUUUUGUAAUUAAUUCAAAAUAAAUCAAGGCACUGGAUACCAUUUCAAUUAAAAAUUGUGUACUUUCAUUAUUAUUAUUAAGGCCUAAUACACCUUAUUAGUGUAUGUUCACAUGGGAUACACACUGUGGAUUUUCCACUGCGAUAUUGCUGGCAGAAAAUCUGCACCAUUUACAGUAGCAGGAAAGUGCAUGAGAUUUUUAUGAAAUUUUAUCCACAUGCUGUGGAAUUAAUUGCCUUGGUAAUUGAAACGGUGCGGAUUUAAAAUCCACAACAUGUCAAUUUAUGUUGCAGCUUUUAACCCCAUUCUGACAGCUUAAUUGUGCAAAACUGACCUGUGUCACUCUGUGGUAAUUCCUUUGGAAAGCCAUUCUGCCAUUGUUCUUUCGUAGCACAUCGUACUUCAUGUUAGUGGUAAAAUUGCGUCGAUAUGUUUCACCUUUAUUUAUGAAUUAUGAAAUUUACAGAAAAUGUGCAAAAAUUAGAAGCAUUUUUUUACAUUUUCAAGAAAAUGUCAAAAGGACCUUUUCAGUUCUGAAGUGAGUUUGAGGGACCUACAUAAUAGAAGCCAUCCAUAGGUGACCAAAUUUUAGAAACUACACCCCACAAGUUAUUCAAAACUGAGUUUAAAUCUUUAAGAUAUUCCAUGAAAUAUUUGUUUUUUUAAAGGGUUUUAGCAGCAAAAAAUACCUCAAUGUUAAUUAUUGAAAGCACAGUGAAAAAGCUAGGUUCACAACUCACCUCCUCAGGCAGCACUCCCUGUGUAAUGCAGAGCUGCAUGGAAACCCAGGGGUGACUCCCAGAUGCAGUGAAUCAAAUAGUUUGCAUGGGCAAAGAAUCCAGAAUGUCAUUAGUAGUAAAAUCCUGUAAGCUUUAUUUCUUCAAUAAUUAAAAUCCAGAUGUGCACAUCGUUUAACACUGAAGAGUUUUGGACUAUAGUGUAGUCCUUAGUCGUAGCAUGUAUGUUGGGGCAAUGUCCCCGAAUAUAUACGCAUAGGAUAAUUGGUAAACCACAUCACACUUCUCCCCUAUAACAGCACCCAGGGAAUAUUGAAUAAUAAUAAUUGCACCAGAUGCCAUGGCAGGGAAGGAGUGAAAAACAGCAGAAUGUUAGAUGAAACAGAAGCAAAACCACAUAUAUCAUACAGCAAACUCAUUAGUACCAGUACAACAAAUCUGAACAAUGAUUCACACCAUGGGCCUUCACUG